AUGGAUCGGUUAUUAACGCACGUUCGCUCAAGAGCAUCAAUAUUCCUAUUUCCAACUCGUCAAAUUUCUUCAUAUAACACAAAUUUUAUCGAUUUAAAAUCUCGGGCUCUUAUAAAUCUUGUUGAUCAAUUAGAUGCAUCAAAACAAAAUUCAUCAAUUCCAGCAUCAAACAUUGAUGCAAUCUAUGAACUUAAUUCACGUUUUCCAUUACCAGGACGUAUUGGCUUUUUUUAUGAAACAAACGUAAUAUCGAAACCAGUUCAAGAACAAGAAUUAUUGAAUUCACAAAACAUGUUAUCAGCAGGAUCAGUAGCAAAAAGUCAAGAAGAAAUUUUAUCAAAAUUAAUGAACUCAAAUAAUGUAGAAAUCCGCACUUACGAUUGUCCAACAUCAAUAAGCUCAAAAUUGAAUAAUCUAUUUUUAAAUUAUGAUGUAUUAAAUCAGCCAUUAACAGCUAUAACAGUGGCAUUUAAAACGAAAUCUGAUAUGUCAAAAUGGUCAGUCGAAGUUGAAAAUGAACGCAAUCAAUUGAUUGCACAAUUUAAUAAAUUAGCUCAAGAAAUAUCUACGUAUUUAAAUAAAAAACAAUAUUGGGUAGAUUUUAUUGAUCCAUCGAAUGGUAAACCUUAUUAUGGACCAUCGACAUCAGAUGCGUUAUUUGAGACCGAUGAACGUUAUCGCAAUUUUGGUAUCAACGUUGUUGAUUUAGGUUGUUGUCGAGUCAUUGAACAUUUACAACAUGGUACUCAUGCUUUUGUUGGUUGCAUAUUUACCAGUGCAUCAAAAGUGGAUUCAAAUGUUCAGCAUUUACUUAAAGAAUUUAAUGUUUCUAAUUGA